AUGGCGCGCGACGCGUCGCGCGGCGCCCUCAUCGUCACCGCGUGGUACGCCGCGAACAUCGGCGUGCUGCUGCUGAACAAGUACAUCUUAUCCGUCUAUGGGUUCAAAUUUCCCGUCUUCAUGACGUUGUGUCACAUGUGCAUGUGCUCGGUGCUCUCCGCGACGGCGCGAGAGUUUAAAAUCGUCCCCAAGCAGUUUAUUCGAACGCGACGACACUACGGGAAAGUGGCGGUGCUCGCGAUGACGUUCGCACUGAGCGUCCUGGGCGGAAACGUGUCGCUGAGAUACAUUCCGGUGAGCUUCAAUCAAGCGCUGGGGGCGACGACACCGUUCUUCACCGCUAUUUUCGCGUACCUCAUGUUGCACAAAAAGGAGAGUACGGCGACGUACAUGACGCUCGUUCCCGUCGUCGGAGGGAUCGCGCUCGCGACGUGGGGGGAGCCGAGUUUUAACUUUUUCGGUUUCAUGGCGUGCCUCGUCGGCGUGUGCUGCCGGGCGCUCAAGAGCGUGCUCCAAGGGUGGUUGCUCUCUCCAGUGGGGGAGAAAGAGGCGGAAAAGUUAUCGCACUCGAGCGAGAACAAGUUGGAUAGCAUGAGCUUGCUCUACUACAUGAGCCCGGUGGCCAUCAUGACACUCGGUGUCUUUACGUUAAUCAUGGAGCCUAACGCGAUAUCCGCGUUUUACGAAGCCGCUGAGCUCGAUCCAUGGUUCAUUGCGAUUCUUUUAGGAAAUUGUUUCGUCGCGUACCUCGUAAACUUGACGAAUUUUCUGGUGACGGCGCACGUCGGCGCGCUCACACUUCAAGUACUCGGUAACGCAAAGGGUGUCGUGUGCACAGUGGUCAGCAUCAUGCUGUUCCGGAAUCCCGUGACGUUUCGGGGCAUUGUGGGAUAUACCGUCACCAUGAUCGGCGUCUGGCUCUACUCGUCGAGCAAACGCAAAAGCGCGCGACUGGCGAACGCGCUCAUGGAAAACGCGAAGACGGGUGUGUAG